AUGAUAUCCCCCUACAUCAGUUCACCCCCCGAAUUUAUCAACCUUCUCAACAACCUCCUGGACUGUGCCAUUUCCAUCCGAUCCUCCCACGUUUUCGUUGCCGCCGUCCCUCUGCUGCGUUCACUUGCUGUGUUUCUCUUACUCCGUACCUUUGUGAGGUACCUCUUCGGAUCCCCUCCUCGCAGCAGCCAACUUGAAUUCAACUCUCAAGUGGAGCAUCCCGCGCCCGUAGAGUCGACAGUCAAAGUCCCCCCUCCCGUUAACCUGCACCUCUUGGAAGUCAUCAUUGAUUCCUGUCGUGGAGACUCCGAUUGGUUUAACCGAGUAAUGCGGGGUCUCGCUAUACAGCGGCAACAAGCGACCUACCAAGGGAAAAUCAAGAUGAACUUCUACUUGGUCAAUCGCCGCGCAAAUCCCUCCAUGACAGAGUCAUACGCGGCUUUAUGCGGGGCGUGGGCUAUAGCGACUGGUGAUCCACUGGCAGAUCACAAGGAUGUCACGUUUGAAGUUAAAGUUGAUGAGGAGGAGUGUAUUUUUCGUGAUGACAGGGGUUCACUUGACGAGGAGAUGUGUCCUGCGGGUUCAGAUGUCCCAGUGCAAGCGUUCCGCCCGGCUGAAUUCCUCGACAUUGGGGAAAAGCCUCACAUCACCGGAUUCCACUGGAGAGGCUGCAACAUCGCCAUUGACGACUUUGUUGGCAUUCUGCUACAUUGCCCAAACCUUGAGACUGUUGAUGUGGAUUACAUUGGUACAGACACCCCGAUUUUGAACGCGACGCUUCCUCGGAAGACACGCACCCCUUCUCCCCAUUGUUUGAAAACACUGACAGUGGCAUCCGCAAUCGACACGCAUCAGCUCUUCGAUUCAUUACAGCUCCAACUGUCUCAUCUUUCUCUAACAUUGUCGUCAGAACAGACAAUUCAUGACCUAAAUAUAGACUGGAAACAGUUGGAAAGGUUUUAUCUGGAUUGUUGGCUCAACCCGGCCGAACUGAUGGCGAUACAAUCGAAAGUCCAUAAAAACACACAAGUUGAGAUUUGUUGCACGGCUAUCCCGGACCCCAAACCAUUAUCAGGAUACCAAGUGAUCCCUGGGAGUCCAAACAAUGUCCGCCUUCGUUUUCAAUAGAUAUGUGACCAGCUCGAUAUAAGGCGUUUGGAAUGGUCUUCGAUUCCAGUACGUACUUAGCUCCAACGUAGCUCUAUAUACUAUGCACGCUAUCAGGAACCAUGAGCACGACGUCACCACUUU